CAAAGGAAGUGGUGGUCGCAAUGCCACGAAGUUCAGAACCUUCAGCAGCAGCGGACAACGAGCCCGUACCUCUCGGCACCCACGCAGUUGUCUUCUCCUCCCCAAAAAGACGUCAUCAGACCAAAGGAGGGCCUUCGUAAUUCGGAUGGGACUUGAUUUUAGGCACUAGUAAUGCUAUUGAUGACGGCGAUGGAAGAUCAUUACAAGAUUCUGGGGUUGAACAGAAACGCCACCAAAGACGAAAUCAAAGAGGCCUUCAGAAAAUUGGCAGUUAAGUUUCACCCGGACAAGCACUCUCAGUCCCCCAAUUCCGUUCGUGAAAAUGCCACUCUCAAAUUCAAGCAGGUUUCCGAGGCCUACGAGGUCCUCAGCGAUGAUCGUAAGCGUACCCAUUACGAUUUCCGCUCUCGUUCUGGUUCUGGCGCUGGACCGAGCACAACGGGUGGUUAUGGCUAUGGUUAUGGCUAUAACCAUUAUUAUUAUAACAGUCAUAGUAACUAUCGUGGCUGGAAUGGGAAAGCUUAUGGAUCAUCGAGAUUUGAGUCUGCGCUUCAGUUUCUUACAACCCGUGCGUUUCUUCGCAAUCUUGGCUUUGCAGGUGCAUUGUUAGGUGGAAUGUUCGUGACAGAUAUAAGCAUGGAGGCCUUAUGGAAGAGGAACAACUCUGGGAAAUCAUUUCAAGAAGCCAUUGAUUCAAUUAAGAAACUCAAAGAAGCUAUGGAGGAUGUCGAAGAUGCCACCGAAUCCACUCAGAAAGUCAAAAUUCAUGAGGCCACGGUGCCUUUUGAGAAGGCCGAUGGUCACGCAAAGAGGUCUUGAAGUCCACUGAUGAAGUGAGCCAAUUUUGAUAAGAUGCACUCAUCUGAAAUUAUGAUGUUGGAGGCCCCAAAGCCAUGCAGAGAUCUUUCGAAGAGGCUUUGAUGUCCUCUGAGGAUGCCAAAGCACGUUUUGGUAAGAUGGAUUAAUGUGAAAUUGAGUUGUCAGAUGCCCCUCUUUGCCUUCCACCUGUUAAACCGGAAGGUUCCCUCUAAUCUAGUUGAAGUACUAUAUACCUAUGUAGACUAAAGCAAAGUUUUACGAGUGCUGAAGAGAAUGGACAGUGCUCUCCAAAUGCUCCUUUUUGUUUGUUUAAUGUAAGCUUGAUUUUUUCUUUAAUAUAUUCUUUCUCCUGCUUCCUGUAUGUAUAUUAUUGUUUUGUGUAAGAGUGUUAAUGGCCACAUAUAACUUUUAAAUGUAACACAGACCUGGUAUGUAUAGAUUAUUACCCCAUCAAUAUUCACAAGAGCUCAACAUACAGUCCUGUUCUACUA